UGCGGGCAUCUCCCGAGGAGCCCGCUUCCCGCAGCGGGCGGGCGCGAUAUAUUUAGCAUCGCGUCGCUUUAUUCCUCCCCCAAAGUUUCGCCCACUUAUUUAUUUAUUUGCCGGCGAGCGCCGCGCUGCCGCAGAGCAGCAAGAGCCGCUCCGCGCCGUGCCGAGCGCUGGAAGCGGCUCGGUAUUGCAGCAGGAAGGGCUGAGCGCUAGGACCUCGGAGAAUCCUUCCAGCAGCAAUCAGGACUACCUUAAACCCAGCCCAAUGCCUCUUCCUGCGCCACUCUGCGUGCUGGAUGGAGAUCCACAGUCAAGAGCUGCAGCUCAGUGCUGGAGUACAACAUUUCACAGGGAGCCCUGCAGAAGCAACACCUGUUUCGAGCCAGCCAAGAAAGACACAAGCACUUGUAUGUUGCUGCUUUGCUUGUGGAUCGUCAAUAAUCCUAAACCAGUGGACAUCUGCUGAGCCUCCUGAGAAUUCUGGAUAAUAGAUUUGGACGUCAAAAGUUUUUUUUUCCUUUUUCUUUUUUGCUUUUUUUUUUUUUUUUUUUUUUUGGAUUUAUCUCAGCCAACAACGUGAGAUUUCCCCCCUCCCCCUUUGCAGGAUUCAUGCUGAUGUAUGCAGUCUGUUAUAGAGUAAAAACAGCGCAUGCCUUUCUGGAGUCAGAAUCCAUAAAUCCUGACGUAGCCUGUGCAUCUUAAAAAAAAAAAAAAAUCCCUAUAACGCCUAGGUAUUUAAGUUGCUAUGGUCAUUCUUAUCUUAAACCAAAUGGAGAAACUACGGAUUUUUUUCUUUAUUACAGUUGGAUGGGCUGAAGACCGUAUUGCUUGCUAAGAGCUGGGGAUAUAUGCAUUUAUAUAGAUAUACACAUCUAUAUGUUUAUAAAUAUGUCAGUGUGUGAGUAUAAAGUGGUGGUUUCUUAGACUAACUGGUUUGACCUUGAACCUGUACCAGUCAAAACAGAAUAUUACUUUUAUUUAUGCAUUUAAUGGAUUGAAGAAAGAACAUUUUCUCUGUAACUGCGCUAGGGAGGGGAGAGGAGUGGAAUAUACCUAAUCUUAUAUCUCCUGGGUUUGGCACCAUCAUUAUUGUUUAUUCUCAUUCUCUAAAAGCAGAAUCUUCUGAUGGCUCCGUUAGGUGAAGUUGGGAACUAUUUCGGUGUGCAGGAUGCAGUACCCUUUGGGAAUGUGCCCGUUUUGCCGGUGGAUAGUCCGGUUUUGUUAAGUGACCACCUGGGUCAGUCUGAGGCAGGUGGGCUACCCAGGGGGCCUGCGGUCACGGACUUGGACCAUUUAAAGGGGAUCCUCAGGCGGAGGCAGCUAUACUGCAGGACUGGAUUUCAUUUAGAAAUCUUCCCCAAUGGUACUAUCCAGGGAACCAGGCAAGACCACAGCAGAUUUGGUAUACUGGAAUUUAUCAGUAUAGCAGUGGGCUUGGUCAGCAUCCGAGGAGUCGACAGUGGACUUUAUCUUGGAAUGAAUGAGAAAGGGGAACUGUAUGGCUCGGAAAAAUUAACCCAGGAGUGUGUAUUCAGAGAGCAAUUUGAAGAAAACUGGUAUAACACAUAUUCAUCAAAUCUAUAUAAACAUGUGGACACUGGAAGACGAUACUACGUUGCGUUAAAUAAAGAUGGGACUCCAAGAGAAGGGACUAGGACUAAACGGCAUCAAAAAUUUACACAUUUUUUACCUAGACCAGUGGACCCUGAGAAAGUACCAGAACUAUAUAAGGAUAUUUUAAGCCAAAGUUGACAAAGACAAUUCCUUCACUUGAGCCCUUAAAAAGUAACCACUAUAAAGGUUUCAUGCGGUGGGUUCUUAUUGAUUAGCUGUGUCAUCACAUCAGCUCCACUGUUGCCAAACUUUGUCGCAUGCAUAAUGUAUGAUGGAGGCUUGGAUGGAACAUGCUGAUUUUGUUCUGCACUUAAAGGUUUGUCCUCCUGGAGGAGAGCCUAUGCCCACUCGCUUGAUUUAGUACGAGAGGGAGCGCGAGAGAGUGAGUGAGAGAGAGAGAGAAAGGGAGAGGAUGAAUGGGAGUGAGAGCGCGAGAGAGAGGAGCCGAGGGGAGGAGGAGGGGGAGGAGGAGGAGGAGGAGGAAGGCCUGAUGCAUGCUGGGGAAUAGACACGCUUUUAAAUUUUUGAUCAGUUGUACUUCGUCAUAUAUCAGCAUAGCUGCCAUACUUCGAUUCAUCAGGAUUUUUGGCUGGUGGCCUGCUCAAGUGUACGCUGCAUUUACAAAGGCAUGGAGGGUGCAGUCUUACUUAAACAAGAGACUUUUCAGUUAAUCGCUCUCUGGGUCUCACCCCACUGAGUUUAAAGCAAAGACCUCUUAGAAAAAAAAAAAUAAUAAAAAGUUAAAUUUAUUUAUAGAAA